UAUUCUUUUCCGACUUCUGAAAGUUUGUGUGCGAGAGAGAGCCAAAAACUUCUUUCAAUUUGUUUUCAUUUUCCUCUUUCUUCUCUCUGCUGUUGUAUCUGCUUUAGCUUCAUAUCUUCUCCACUCUACCCUUCCCCUUUUCCCCUUUUGUUUCACGGCGUUGUUUGAUUUUUCUGGUUAGCAACGAAGCGUCUGAUCGAUUUCUCUGUCUGACUCUCUCUCCGCCGCGACAUGAUCGACUUCGGUCGAGUUCAGAAGGAGCUCCAGGAAUGUACCAGAGACAUGGAAGCCUCCGGCAUCAAAGUUUCCCCUAAAUCCGACAGUCUCGCUCGCCUCACCGGCACCAUCCCUGGCCCUGUGGGUACUCCUUAUGAAGGCGGCUCUUUCCAAAUUGACAUCUCCCUUCCAGAUGGCUACCCAUUCGAGCCUCCUAAAAUGAAUUUCGUUACCAAAGUCUGGCACCCAAAUAUUAGCAGUCAGAGUGGAGCUAUUUGCCUAGACAUCUUGAAAGACCAAUGGAGUCCAGCUCUAACGCUAAAGACAGCUCUGCUAUCAGUCCAAGCACUUCUCUCUUCUCCUGAACCUGAUGACCCUCAAGAUGCAGUUGUAGCUCAGCAGUAUCUCAAGGAGUACCAGACCUUUGUUGGCACAGCUCGCUACUGGACUGAAACUUUUGCUAAGGUCUCCUCUCUUGGAGUUGAGGAAAAGGUGCAGAAACUUGUUGAAAUGGGAUUCCCAGAAGCAUUGGCGAGGAGUACACUGGAUGCUGUUGGUGGGGAUGAGAACUUGGCUCUGGAAAGGCUUUGCUCUUGAAGAUCAAGCUUCCAAAUGACGGGUUUCCUCAAAUUAUCCUCAGUUACUCGAUGGGGUUUUGCCUUUUGAUGGAGCCAGUAGGAUUUUUGGAGAUAUAUCGUCAGAUAGAAGGGCGAUAUUUGAUGGGUGCUGCAUCUUCUAGUCUUCUUCUCUCUGCAUCAUCUCUUCUUCCUCUCCGAGCCAGAAGCAACGUCGUCCUCAUCCUUCUUUCUAAGAUCCAAAUUCCCCUCAAAGUCACAUCUCUUCCUCCCUCUGGAACAACCUCCUCACAUCCACCCUCGUUCCUCCCUCUGUAAUGGUCCUGAAUUGAUUACAUGUACUCGUAAUAAUAAAAAGAAGUGAUUACAUGCUUAACCAUCGUCCUUGUUCUUAGUAGACAAAUCGAGAACCCAACUGCCUCAACGCUCAUCUCCCCUACUUUUCCCCUACCAGCCAACAACUAUCUAUAUUGUUCU